UCUCGAUUUAUCUUAAAAGAAAGUUAUUCGAAAGGCGUCGGUUAAGAAAAGAAUCGCAGGAAGUCUCCAGAAGUCCCCGGAGACCUCCAGUCCCUCCUCCAUGGCGAAUCCUCUGCCGCUAUAAAAGGCCUUCGCCGCUCCUCUCUUCCUCGCUAGCACAACACCGAUCGCAUCGAAGCACUUGAUUCAUUCGAUUCCAGUUCCCGUUCGCGAAACCAGUUUCUUUCGAUCGAGGUGAUGGCGGACGUGCAGAUGGGGGAGACGGAGACCUUCGCGUUCCAGGCGGAGAUCAACCAGUUGCUGAGUCUCAUCAUCAACACCUUCUACUCCAACAAAGAGAUCUUCCUGCGCGAGCUGAUUAGCAACGCGUCGGAUGCACUCGAUAAGAUCCGGUUCGAGGGCCUCACCGACAAGAGCAAGCUGGACGCCCAGCCGGAGCUCUUCAUCCGCCUCGUGCCUGACAAGGCGAACAAGACGCUUUCCAUUAUCGACAGCGGCAUCGGCAUGACCAAAGCUGAUCUGGUGAACAAUUUGGGCACUAUCGCACGGUCUGGCACCAAGGAGUUCAUGGAGGCACUCCAAGCCGGCGCGGAUGUGAGCAUGAUUGGUCAAUUUGGUGUCGGUUUCUACUCCGCCUACCUGGUCGCCGAGAAGGUUAUUGUGACAACCAAGCACAAUGACGACGAGCAGUAUAUCUGGGAAUCACAAGCCGGUGGUUCAUUUACUGUCACAAGAGACACAGACGGCGAGCAGCUCGGCCGGGGAACCAAAAUCACCCUCUACCUCAAAGAGGACCAGCUGGAAUACUUGGAAGAGAGGAGAAUUAAGGAUCUGGUGAAGAAGCACUCGGAGUUCAUCAGCUAUCCGAUCUAUUUAUGGACAGAGAAGACCACCGAGAAAGAAAUUAGUGACGAUGAGGACGAUGAUGAAUCGAAGAAGGAAGAGGAAGGCGACAUUGAAGAAGUCGACGAAGACAAGGACAAAAAGUCCAAGAAGAAGAAGGUGAAAGAAGUCUCCCACGAAUGGCAGCAGAUCAACAAGCAGAAACCGAUCUGGCUGCGAAAGCCAGAAGAGAUCACGAAGGAAGAGUAUGCUUCGUUCUACAAGAGCCUGACCAAUGACUGGGAGGAACACUUGGCAGUGAAACAUUUCUCCGUAGAAGGACAGCUCGAAUUCAAAGCCAUCCUUUUCGUGCCGAAGCGUGCUCCGUUCGACCUAUUCGACACCAGAAAGAAGAUGAACAACAUCAAGCUUUACGUCAGGAGAGUCUUUAUCAUGGACAACUGCGAGGAGAUCAUCCCCGAGUACCUCAGUUUCGUGAAGGGCGUGGUCGACUCGGACGACCUGCCCCUCAACAUCUCCCGCGAGAUGCUGCAGCAGAACAAGAUCCUGAAAGUGAUCAGGAAGAACCUCGUCAAGAAGUGUCUCGAGAUGUUCUCUGAAAUUGCGGAGAACAAGGAGGACUACAACAAGUUCUACGAGGCCUUCUCGAAGAACCUGAAGCUGGGCAUCCACGAGGACAGCCAGAACAGGGCUAAAUUGGCGGAUCUCCUCCGCUAUCACUCCACCAAGAGCGGCGAGGAAAUGACGAGCUUGAAGGACUACGUGACCAGGAUGAAGGAAGGCCAGAAGGAGAUCUAUUACAUAACCGGCGAGAGCAAGAAAGCCGUCGAGAACUCCCCGUUCUUGGAAAGGUUAAAGAAGAAGGGUUACGAAGUGCUUUUCAUGGUGGACGCCAUCGACGAGUACGCCGUGGGGCAGCUGAAGGAGUACGACGGCAAGAAGCUGGUGUCCGCCACCAAGGAAGGCCUCCAACUCGAGGAAACGGAGGAGGAGAAGAAGAAAAAAGAGGAGAAAAAGGCCGCGUUCGAGAGCCUCUGCAAGACCAUGAAGGAGAUCCUCGGCGACAAGGUGGAGAAAGUCGUCGUCUCCGAUCGUAUCGUGGAUUCUCCCUGCUGCUUGGUGACCGGCGAGUACGGGUGGUCGGCUAACAUGGAGAGGAUCAUGAAGGCGCAGGCGUUGAGGGACAGCAGCAUGGGCUCCUACAUGUCGAGCAAGAAAACGAUGGAGAUCAACCCGGAGAACGGCAUCAUGGAGGAGCUGAGAAAGAGGGCGGAGGCGGACAAGAACGACAAGUCCGUGAAGGACCUGGUGCUGCUGCUGUUCGAGACUGCUUUGCUCACCUCCGGAUUCAGCUUGGAGGAUCCCAACACCUUCGCCGGGAGGAUCCACAGGAUGCUGAAGUUGGGGCUCAGCAUCGAUGAGGACGAAGCUGGUGGCGAUGACAGCGACAUGCCUGCGCUGGAGGAAGAGGGAAAUGAGGAGAGCAAAAUGGAGGAGGUCGAUUGACGUCCAGGAUUUGAGGUUUCCUUCAUCGAAUACUACGGCGUGUCUCUUCUUGUUUGUUACCCUAAAAGUGACUAUCUAGCGAUAAAUGUGAUAAUGAAUUUUAAUAUUUUCCUUUUUAAUUAUUUAAA